AUGAACAACCGCGGCAACCGUGGCAAUCGUGGUGCAGAUGCAAUUGUCCCUGUCGAUGAUCACACUAGUUCCUAUUAUCUACAUCCUAGUGAUAAUCCGAGCCUCCAGCUCGUCUCUCAAGUUCUGAUCGGUUCCAAUUCUAUUAAUUGGAGCAGAUCUGUUGUUACUGCAUUGAUUGCUAAGAAUAAACUGCAAUUUAUCGAUGGAUCCUUGCUGCGACCAACCGAUGAUGAUCUACUCUCCUCCGCUUGGAUCCGGUGCAAUAGUAUGGUGGUUUCAUGGAUGCGUAAUUCGGUUUCUCCACAAAUCUGCUCGAGUGUUAUGUAUUUGGAUAAUGCUCAUGACAUUUGGUCAGAUCUUCAUGAUCGGUUUUCUCAAAGUGAUUCAGCUAGAUCAUACCAGCUCAAGCAACAACUUAUGGCUCUUGUGCAAGAUGCAAUGGCGCCUUACGAUGGCAUACUCACCAAGAAGAAGAAUGAGAGGCAAAGAGCUAUCGAUGGUAAUCAGAUUGUUCCAUCUCCAGUCUCUUCUAGUGAACAACCUUUCAAUGUGAAUGCAGCUUCAUCCAAUUUUGGUCGAGGAAGGUUGAUGUGCUCUCACUGUGGUCGUACUAAUCAUACCGUUGAUAGGUGUUUUUCACUCCAUGGUUUUCCUCAAGGUUAUGGCAGUGGGAGAGGUAAGCCUUACAACAAAGACUUCUCCAACUCCAAAAUGGUGAAUUAUGUUGAAGAUUCUGUCACAGAGAGUGGUGAAAAGCUUGCUGUGAAUUCAUCACCUCAACUAUCCAAUUUGUCUUCCUCUGAUCAACUUCAACAGUUAAUUUCUCUCUUGCAAAGUCAGCUUGCUGCCGCUCCUCCUUCAUCUCCAUCACCAUCUCCUACACCUCAGCUCACUACUCAACCUGGCUCUACAUACAAUCCAUCUCAGUCCACUCCUUUCACUGGUACUACACUCUUCUCACCUCUUGUUGCAACUUCACCUUUAUCAUCUUCAUUAUGGUUGCUUGAUACUGGUGCUACUCACCACGUUUGCUGUGAUAUCACAUUUUUUAAUGCCUCAUCUCCAGUAUCUGAUGCCUUUGUAAAUUUACCAAAUGGUGCUAAGGCAGAGGGAGCUUCUCUGGGGACUGUGAUUGGGAGGGGUAGCAAGCUCGGUAAUCUCUAUGCCCUUGAUGUUUCCACUGCCAACACCACAGAUUCCUCAGAUUCUAGUCCUUGCAUUAAUUCUGUUGUUGCUAUUGAUUUAUGGCACAAGAGGCUAGGCCAUUUGUCAUUCAAUAAACUCAAAUCCAGGAGUGAUGUUUGUGUGGACUUUCCUUAUGCAACACAAGUCUGA